CUUUAAUUCGCCUUUUUUGGAGUGUUGCUUUAUUGUCAGCUCUUUCUCUUCCAUUCAAUUAUUCAAUUUCAUUCAAACAACUUUUAUCACAUAAUGCUUCGUUCAACCAUUUUCACUGCCUCCCGCUCGCUUUUCGCAAAGCCUUCAACUGUCGUUGCUGCUCGCUUUUAUCACCCCAAGGUGAUUGACCAUUAUGAGCGUCCUCGCAAUGUCGGUUCACUCAACAAGUCAGAUCCGUUUGUCGGAACUGGUCUUGUGGGUGCUCCUGCCUGUGGUGAUGUCAUGAAGUUGCAGAUCAAGGUCGAUGAGGCCACAGGAAAAAUUGUCGAUGUUAAAUUCAAGACAUUUGGUUGUGGUUCUGCCAUCGCUUCCUCUUCAUAUAUGACUGAACGUGUCCGUGGAAUGACACUCGAGGAUGCUGGCGCCAUCAAGAACACAGAAGUGGCCAAGGAGUUGUGUUUGCCUCCUGUCAAACUGCACUGCUCCAUGCUUGCUGAAGAUGCCAUCAAGUCAGCUAUUAACGAUUAUAAGCGCAAGCGUGCUGCUGCCACUGGAACAGCAACUGGUGCAACUGCCAGUGCUUCGGCUUAAAAAAAUCGUGAGCAACCGGACUCGUCCGACAACUUCCCCCAUUUCUCCACACUCCAACGCCAUUUUUUCCCUUCUACACAAACUAUUUGAAAUAUGAAUAACCAGAACGCCAAAACAUUAUCAGCCGGCUUUUUAUAACAUCAGCAUGGCGAACCUCUCAGCUCAUCUCAUUCAAUGUAUUUUACAGCGCCAAUGCCACGCAC